GCAGGGGCUUUCCUCUCUGACGCGAAUGGAAAAGAGAAUCAAGGCUGCGGACAAGAUUCUGAACAGUAUCGUCUACAUGGUCGGGAAAACAGGACUGACAUCUUCUCCGACGACCGAUGGUCGGAUAAUACUGUAGCGGAUAGCUGUUAGAUAAGAUUCAUAACGUUUACGUGACGGUUUAUCGAGCGUACGCGGUGUAAAAUAGCACGGAAGGUGUCUGCGUACCGCCCUGUUCUGCCCAAGACCUGUUCAAGACCAUCAGAUCCAUCUGUGCGACCGGCUGAUUCAGAAAGCGAGGAACAGCAAACCGGAGCACACGUAACAUUCUGGCUCGACAAGCAAGGGAAUUUGGUGGAGGACAGACAUCCAUCACGGUGAAAGGAUUGUGAUAUUUUGAGCCAGAUUGUACAACUAUUUCUCUUUUUUUUUACAAACUGUGACUUUAGUUCCUAAUAUUCUGUAAAUGCCCCAUUUUUAAUUGACAGUAUCUGUCAGUUUUGUAACACAUUUGGGGUGCAAUUGUUUCUUUGUUCCUUUUGUUCAAUCUCAUUACGAGAACAAGACUGUAGGAGUGUCUUUUUGUUUCCUUUUUGACAAACUAGUUUGUUAGUUAUCUUUAGUUUAUUAUCUAACCUCCUUGUUUGGGUUAAGAGGAAGUAGUGACUACAUAAAUAGAAUUUUCCCAACGGACAAAUUGACUGGAAUUCCUUACAAUUGUGCCUGUGAUAAAAUUUGCCACUUUUUAUUGGAACUAAAACCAAUUAAACCAAAACUCGGUGACCUCUAGUGAAAGAACAUCACAAGGUCGUUCUUGGGAAAUGGGAUCUGAAAAAGACUCUGAAUCGCCCCACUCCUCUGUUAGUGGCAUUCCCAAUCCCAAAUGCCGUGGGCCAGGAAAAAAGCAAGGCAGGAUCUCCUUUCACAGUCUGUUCCAUGGCAAACGUGGAUCCAGGGGAAACAAGGCCACUGCAGGCACUCCACUUACGCAACAGCUGCACCAACAACAACAGCAACUACAACAACAACAGCUUCUCCAGCCCCCGACACCCACCAACGUUUCUUCAGACCCGACAACGACGGACGCCGCUGAGCCACUGUCCGCCAGCCAGGCCUCUCUAGGUGCCCAAGACUUCCUAGAGUGUCCCCUGUGCCUGGUGCGGCAACCUGCGGAGCAACUCCCAGAACUCCAGGGCUGCAGUCACCGGUCUUGCCUAUGCUGCUUACGGCAGUACUUGCGUAUCGAGAUCACGGAAAGCCGAGUGCAGCUCAGCUGCCCGGAAUGUGCCGAGAGACUGGCUCCCCGGCAGGUGGCCCUCAUUCUGGACGAUCCCGUUCUGAUGGACAAGUAUGAGGAGUUUCUGCUACGCCGCUGCCUAGCGUCAGACCCGGACUGCCGAUGGUGUCCGGCACCAGACUGUGGUUUCGCAGUAAUUGCAUCUGGAUGUGCCAGCUGCCCCAGGCUGGUGUGUCGAAGAGAAGGGUGUGGUGCUGAGUUCUGUUACCACUGCAAGCAGGCCUGGCAUCCUAACCAGACCUGUGACUCGGCUCGCCAACAGAGGGCGCUGUCCUUGAGAACACAUAGUAACCAUUCGCCCAGUUACACAGCGGAGCAGGGACACACUGAUGACAUCAAGCCUUGCCCCCGAUGCAGUGCCUACAUCAUCAAGAUGAACGAUGGCAGCUGUAAUCACAUGACCUGCGCCGUGUGCGGCUGUGAGUUUUGCUGGCUCUGUAUGAAGGAGAUUUCAGACCUGCACUACCUCAGUCCAUCAGGUUGCACCUUCUGGGGAAAGAAGCCAUGGAGUCGCAAGAAGAAGAUUCUUUGGCAGCUGGGCACUUUGAUUGGUGCACCGGUGGGCAUCACUCUGAUUGCUGGCAUCGCAGUUCCUGCCAUGGUUAUUGGCAUCCCGGUUUACAUUGGACGCAAGAUCCACUCACACUAUGAAGGGAAGAAGAUGUCCCAUCACAGGAGAAAUCUGGCUAUCACGGGGGGUGUGGCUUUGUCAAUCAUCACCGCCCCUGUAAUUGCAGCCGUCAGCGUGGGAAUUGGUGUUCCCAUUAUGUUGGCAUAUGUGUAUGGUGUUGUGCCCAUCUCUCUGUGCCGCGGUGGUGGCUGUGGGGUAAGCCGAGGCAAAGGACGAGGUGUUAGGAUAGACUUUGAUGAGGACAAUGGACCUAUUACAGUUGCUGAUGCUUGGCGAGCACUGAAGUCCCCCAGCCUGGGUGAAAGCAGUUUGGAGGGAGGAGCGAGUGGCCUCAGUACCACCUCUCCAAGUGAGGGCCUAUCAGUGGCACCAGGGGGCCUGGGAGACACGCCCCACUUCAACACACUAGCAGGAGGAGCACUUGGUGCUAGGACUGGAAAAUACAGCAGACUGGAGGUGCAGGGAACAGAACUUGGUAAAGAUGGUGCCGGCAGAGAGACGGGCAGUUUGGGAGCGGCCAGUGACUGUGCCAGCACAAGAGGAAUGGCAGGAUCCAUUACAUCCUCUUAUACCAUACCUGACAGAGAGGGCACUAACCUUGAGAUCCAGGUGGACAUUGAAACUAAACCCAGCCAUCUGUGUUUAACCACCGAAGAGGAUCUGGCUCCGCCCACUGCUGCUAUGUCCCCCGGCUCAGGGGAGGAGCCUCAGGACUGUAGUUCCCGCAGAAGCGGAAUUGUGUUGGAUUCCCCUCUCGGGCUUUCGCCAGGGGUGUCACUCAGGGAGGGUCUUCGAGACGUCACCCUCGCUCAGCCAGAAAGCAUCCGCAGCGACCUGGAGAUGUCCGACACGCAGUCGGACGAUAUCGCGGAGCUCACGUCUGACGACUGCGACUCGCCCCACCCCAAGAGUUGCCACGGUGGCCCGCCGCAGACGACCUGCAGAGCAUUGAACCCCACCGACAGCUUGCACUGUCCCGACAAUGUCAUUCUUUACGUGUGAGACACUCGCAUUUGCACAAAAGCAACUGUUUCCGAGCUUCGGACUUGUUAGCGCUUUACCUGUUGUUUUGCUGCUUUUUAUAAUUAUUCAAACACCUUACUCGCAUCUAGACAACUUACGGAACUGACUGAUCAUCGCUCUGCUCUCCUGUCCACGUCUCUGCGAGAGCACGGAUGGGUCCUCUACCUCUUCAGAAAUUCAUACUGUUACUCAUUUAGUUGUUGCGUUCACCUCUUGGUGCAACAACUAUGCCUUGAGCAAAAAAUGGUAAAUGGACAGUUCAGCCGAAAAUGAAAUUCUGUCAUUAAAGGUGCAGUGUGAAAUUUUAGCGGCAUCUAGUGGUGAGGUUGCAAAUUGCAACCAACGGCUCAGUCCACUGCUCACCCCUUGCUUUUGAAACGCAUAGAGAAGCUACGGUAGCCGACACAAACAAACAUGUCAUCAUUGGAGACAACUUAAUAAAAAAGUUUGUCCGUUAAGAGCUUCUGUAGAAACAUGGCGGCACAAAAUGGUGACUUCCAUGUAAAGGGAACCCUCGGUGUAUGUAGAUAAAAAUGUCUCAUUCUAAGGUAAUAAAAACAUGAUGGUGCAUUAUGAAAGGUCUUUAUACACCCCUGAUAAUAUAGUUUUGUAUAUUAUUUUGCAUUUCUGUCAAGAGAGCCUUCUAAAAAUUACACACUGCACCUUUAAUUAAAAAAAGUGCAUAAAAAUGCAAUCAUAUAUUGCAAACCUGUAUGAUUUAUUCUGUUGAACACAAAACCAAAUGUUUCAUGCUAAUGUUUUUCUUCAGUAAAUGGCAAAUACAAGCUGUCAGGGCGUUAAAAGGACAUAACAGUAGUCGGUAUAAUACAUGCUUUAUAUUUUAAAGCCAUAUAUAGCUUUGCCUGACAGCUCUUGUUCACCAUACUGUUAAUGCAUAGAAAAGAAAUUCUUCUGAAUAUUUGUAUUUGUGUUCAACAAAGUCUUACAGGUACGUGCCAUGAAAGAUGUGAAUAAAUGUACAGAAUUUUCAUAUUUGGCACAACUGUCCCCUUAUAUUAUAGGUACUACCAUUGCCACAGGAAUCUCUUUAGAAAACUAACAAACAAAGUGAAAUGUCACCAAGCACAGUAUAUAAUGUGAGAGAUUCUGAAUGGGACUCACUUCUUAAUACGAAGGCUUUUCUGAACGACAUUACAGUAUUGUUUGUAUGUUUGUUUCUCUUUGGUUUGAUUUUAUAGUAUACGACCUGGAAAUUGUAUGAUUUGCAGUAUGCAUGCGAAUAUUAUAUGCCAUCUAUGUGAAUAGUGCUAUAUGCGAAUACAAGCAGAGUAUUGUUUUGGUCGUCCAGGCCUGGUUUGCACAGAAUACUUGAGGUUCAUCACACAUGGAACGAGAGAUAUAUCAGUAUAAACUAAAGUCAGUGCAAUGAAAGAGAGACUGAUCCGGACUUAACUAGCAGACAGGUUCAUUUGAAUCACUGACUGCUUGCCUUACAGACAGAGCACAUGCACUCAGUUCCCUUAAACUGUCUGUAAUUCACUGACAUCACUGUCUUGAGUUGAGAAUAAGGAGAUUUGUUUGCUUUGUAUGUACGUGUGGAUGUUUACCAGUGUUGAUUGUAUUGGUGAAUAUUAAUUCAUACAGUAUCAAGGAUGGACCUGCCAUUUACAUGCAUGUCUAUUAUUAUUAUUAUUAUUAUUAUUAUUAUUAUUAUUGUUGUUGUUUUUAUUAUUUUUGUUCUCUUUCUUAAGCACACAUUGUUUUGUGCAAUUUUUUUGUUUGUUUUACCCGCUAGCUGGAUGUAUGGAUAGCACAGUUUGAUGGCUGGAUAAAUGAAUGAAUGAGCACUCCUGCACUUUAUCCUACAUUUUAUCAUUUUUCUACAUUGUAAACUUCUAUUUAUGCACUCCCUCUUUGAUUUUCAGCCUCUCUGGGAUAACAAUUCCAUUUGAACACAGCAGUCGUGAUUUGAUGUAAUUUUGGAUGUAAUGGAAUAUUGAAUAUUUCUUAUUCUCUAUGUGCUAUUAUCAUAAUUAUUAUAUUUGGCUGCAGAGAGAAUUGUGGAUUUUUACAUAAAUGAGGGGUUACGCUUUGUCUUGUAAUCACAAAAAAUAAUUUGUGGUUGACACAUCUUUUGCUUUUUUGUUGUGUGAAGAUGCUUUUAUACUUAGGUUUUGAGCGGAUAGUGAAAAGUACUUGACAAUUUGAAUAUAAACUGCUUAUGGUGAAAUGAGUGUUAACAAGUAUAUUAAAUCAAAUAAGCAAUAUGCAGAAAAGUGUGUUUAAUCUGGCAAUGUUUUGUACAUCCCCACAAAGCAAAGAUAACUGCAAUGGCUGUGAGUGUUUGAAAUAACAUGAAAAUAAACAUUUCCUCCUUUGUGGCAA